AUGCUUCAACUCUCCGAGACCGUCCAGCGUCUUGCGAGCAGUCUCACGCGAGACAUGAUCUCUCCUCCAUUGUCGCCGGAAUGCGGCUUCGAUCCUAAUCGAAUCACUCCCGCGGUGUUAGCAGCAACCGAGUUCGUGGCAAACAAACUGCUCGCAAUGUCGGUCCACGUCCGAUUCAUCGUCACCCGCUUCACCCCGUUGCCCAUCGGACAGGGAUCAAACCUCCUCAUCAUCCCCAUCGCGCCUCUCGAUCCAGGAACCUGGGCCGCCAUCAACAAGCAUAGCCGUCGCGCCGCAAAGAAAUUCGGCCUGUCCUCGAGAUGGAUGACCCCGAUUGAUGUGGGCGAGACGCGAACAACACACUGGGAGGACAUCAUCAAGCGGUCCUUGGUCCAGAACGACGUCCUCUUCAGCCACGAAGGCCUAACGCUCCUGAACAUCGACCACGUCUACUUGCUCAAGCAAUAUCUAAAUGCCCUUUCGAGAAACGUCACGGAGCACAUUCCACCUCACAUCUACCUGGACGCCUGUCUCUACUUGCUGAGGCAACUUAUGCGAGAGACCCGAGGCCGGCCGUUCACGCGCGGGUUCAUCCACUGUACGUAUGACCACCUCCACGUCCGCGAUGACCUUCUCCUCCACCUGGCAAAGAAAUAUGAACUCCAGCACGGCCAUGAGGCCAUCGUCAUGUUGAAACAGAAAUCAAAGGGCAACGAGCGAACGAGGUUCUUCAUCAAUAGGCGAGGAAGUCUGAUGAGACAGCCAGCCUUGAGCCGAAAGCCCGUCACCCCCAACACUGCCUCCGACGUCACGCCCAUCACCAGAGGCGAGUGGAGGCUCCUGAUGGAACAAAGCCUGGUUCAUCUCGGCAUGACGCCGUUUCGCUGA